AUGUAAACAAAAGGAGUUUUUUAAAAACGUCAAAAACUUAUUAGUUAUUACUUUAUUAUUAUUAUUCGGUGAUUAUGAAUUACAAACUAAGUAAAAAUAAAGACAGAUAGCAAGACAGUAGGAUUGGCAAUAAAAAAUCAAAUUUUAUUAAUUCUAAAUAUAACACGUGAGAAAGUAUAAUGGUAUACGUCAAAGAAAAUUGAGACAAAAAUCUCAAAUUAUAUCUCUAUUUGAUAGAAAUUAUAAGUAAUUGCUAUAAAUACCACGUCUAAUCAAUGUGAUAAUUAAUAAGGUUACAAUUUUAUUUAAAAGCUAUAAACAAUUUUCAAAAAAUUCAAUUUUACAAUGCGAAUGCAUUAAAUUAAAUUUGAAUUCAAAAAUGAAUAAAAUGAAAACGUUUACAAAACUCAUUAGAGAAGACACAAAGCAAUCAGUGCAAAAGGUUAAUUAAGUUCAUUAAGUUCAUAAGAAAGAUAAAUAUAGUAGAAACGUCAGUCAAGGUCACUGACCUUGUUCAUGUUUCUUGAUGCUUGAAAAGAAACAGGAAUACACAGCUGAAAGACCUAACAGUCUACCAUUGACUUCAUUCGAAGAAUCAAAAAACACUUCUCUGUGAAAAUUUUUUUUUCCCCAUUCAGUUAUAGAGAGUAAAUUUGAAAAUUGGACCUUCCUUCCUUUUGCUGGAUAAAAGAGUGUGUUUUAAUCAAGAGUGAAAAAUAAUUUUAAAAAAAUUACAACAAUGAGUGACAAAAAUUUGGAAUUUGUGAUGAAAAGUUUACUUGCUGGCGGUGUGGCUGGUAUGUGUUCGAAAACCACAGUAGCUCCUCUCGAUAGGAUAAAAAUUUUAUUACAAGCACACAAUUCACAUUAUAAACAUUUAGGAGUUUUCUCAGGACUGAAGGAAAUUAUUCAUAAGGAAACUUUUAUAGCUCUCUACAAAGGAAAUCUAGCGCAAAUGAUUAGAAUUUUCCCAUAUGCAGCCGCGCAAUUUACAUCAUUUGAAUUUUAUAAAAAGUAUUUAGGAACUCUGUUUGGAAAUAAAAGUCAAAUUGACAAAUUCUUGGCUGGAUCUGGAGCAGGAAUAACAGCAGUUGCUUUAACUUAUCCUCUUGAUACAAUAAGGGCUCGAUUAGCUUUUCAAGUAACUGGCGAGCAUGUUUAUUCUGGUAUUACACAUACGGCAGUCACAAUUUUCAAAGAGGAAGGAGGAGCAAAAGGUCUUUAUAGAGGAUUUGUACCCACAAUUUGCGGAAUGAUACCCUACGCAGGAUUUUCUUUUUACAGUUUCGAACAACUCAAGUAUUUAUGCAUGAAAUAUGCACCUGAUUAUUUUUGCGAUCAAUGUAGCACAAAUACUGGUGGAUUGGUUUUGAAAUUGCCGGCAAAAUUAUUAUGCGGUGGGGUUGCAGGUGCAAUUGCACAAAGUUUCUCUUAUCCAUUGGACGUCACUCGUAGACGAAUGCAAUUGGCGAUGAUGAAUCCGGAAACACACAAAUAUGGAUCCGGAAUGUUAUCAACGAUGAAGAUUAUCUACCUUGAGAAUGGACUGACAAAAGGACUUUAUCGAGGAAUGUCGAUAAAUUAUCUCCGAGCGAUUCCAAUGGUUGCUGUGAGUUUCACAACAUAUGAAGUGAUGAAGCAAUUGCUUAACUUAGAUACAGGAAUGAAGCUUUAAUUAGCAUAACAAAAAAAAAUAGACACUUUAAAGAAACCAAUUUUUUUUAUACAGUAGAUUGCAAUUUUUUUCCUUUUUUUAAAAGAAAUUUUAAAGACCAUAGGAAAAGUAUUUUCACAACCGUGAAAAUGUGUAUACUUAUUAUAAACCUAAUGAAAUCCAAACACGAGGAUUAAAAAUUGUUUUUCUUCUCAUCAAAUUUUUAAUAAUAAUAGUGAAAAAGUUGUCGUUGAAAAAUAUUUAAAUUUAACGAAACGAUUUAUUUUAAAAUACUACAUAUCAAUUUUUAUAAUCA